AUGGAUCCAAAGUCUCAUGAAACACUGUCGCCAUUGGCGCUUUCUCAGAAACAUGAAGUGUCGUCUUUGAAUUCUGAGCGACAAGUACUAUCGUCAGCUGCAUCGCCAGCAACUACAGUUUAUUUUAAUGAGUCUGUAUCUGGAUAUGUUGAAGAUCAAGCGGGUUUUUCAAAGCCUGAAUCAUUGCACGAAGAUAUAUUAGAUAAUGAAGAAAUGGAGGCUUCUGUGCAUUGUGCUUCGUCUGAAACGGGUCAAGAUUCUGUAUCAUCACAUUUAUUGGUGAAAGGUGUAGUAUUUUCUCAUGAGACAACAUUUGCUCCCAAGAAGACAACAGAAUCAUCGGAGAAUCGAGGAAGACCAGCUGCGUGUUUGUUUGUUGCUAGUUUGUCAUCAUCUCGUACAGAUGAGCAAUUAUGUGUAUCUGUUACGAAUCAUUUUCGUAAGUGGGGGAAUUUGCUUAAUGUAAAGGUAUUGAAGGAUUGGAUGCAGCGACCAUAUUCUUUUGUUCAAUUUGAAAACUUUGAUGAUGCAAAAAGAGCCCUUCGUGAGGCUCAUAAUACAGUUAUUGAUGGGCGACAUAUUCGUGUUGAAAAAGCGCGUGUUAAUCGCACGCUCUAUAUUUCUAGAAUUGGACAACCAUUGGAAGAACAGGAUGUAAGGAAUUUGCUUGAGCCAUAUGGCGAAAUCGAAGAUAUUGUGAUUCCUUCUAAUUCUAGUCAUAUGUUCCGUAAUAAUCUAGGGAAAUGUUGCUUUGCCCGUUUUGCCUUUAGGGAUGAUGCAAUUCAAGCAUUUAGUAAUCUCCGUCGCAAUGGGAAUUGGGUUGUUGAAUGGGCUCAGAAUCUUGAUCAGAAUACUUCACAUACACCGGCAAUUCCUAUUGAUAAAACGUCUAUUUUUGUAGGACAGUUAAAUCCUUCAUUGGUGACCCGAGAGUCUCUUUUGAAUAGGUUUAAAAAGUAUGGAGAAAUUGUUGAGUGUAGUCUUGUAAAUAAGCCUAAUUCUAAUCGAACGGCUUUUGCGUUUUUACAAUUUGAUUCUAUCUCUGGCGCAUCUGCUGCUGUUGAAAAUGAAAACAAUAGCACUUUUCUUGAUAGAGUAAUUAGAGUGCAAUUUCGAGAAUUACAUGAUAAGGCUGAUUUAUCUGGAUAUGAUGCGAGAUCUAUGCCACCUAUUAAUUCUCAGACUCAAUUUGGCUGUAAAUUUCCUCUUUCAGUUCCGUUUAUUCCACGGUUGCGUUCUAAGUCAAAUGAUUCUUUAUCUCUUGUAAAUCGGGGAUCUAUGUAUACUCAAGAUAAUCCCUGUAUUCAAGGUUAUUAUUCUGGAAUGACGGGUCAGUCUUUUCCUAUGCGGUCUCAAGAAGCGUUUAUGGCAGCUUAUAGAGCGGCAUUAGUUGCUCCGACUCCAUUGAAUCCGCCUCCAAUUAAUCCACAUAGUGGAUAUUCUGGAAAUAUUCAGGUGCCGUAUCCGACUCCUCCAGUUGGGUUAGCAAGUCAUAUUAAUUCGAAUUCCGCUUCUGGAUAUAAUAAUCAGCAUCUUAUGGUUAAUAUUCAUCAGAAUCCUAAUGUUAUACCCGCACCAUUUUAUUACUUUGGAGGGAUAAAUGUUCCAUAUCAAAGUAUACCGUCAAGUUCAUUAAAUCAGGAUGGUUUAGCUUCUCAACAGGAUCGUGCUAAAGGAAAUAAUGUUCCUCAACCUUUUUUGUCUCAUUGGGGAACACUGGUUCCCACGUUUAUUCAUGGGCCAGCGCCAUCUUCUAUGCAGCCUUCUAUAUCAUUACCAGGGCAUUCACUUCCACAGCAUCAAGAUUCACUGAAUAGGGUGUAUCAUUUCCCGGAAGGUAUUGCUAAUGGUGCUAUACAUCCUGCAUGGGAUCCGUCCUUUGGUUAUUAUCGUUUCGAUAAUCAAUGUUCACCGGAUGCACCUGCAUUUUCUAUGCAGGUGCCGGCUUUGCAAGACAAUCCGGGGCCUAACUUUCCUGUGUAUGGGGAAGCUCUUGGACAUAAUGCUGAUCAAAGUGCUCAUCCUCCAUCCUACAUGCUUAAUCAGCCUGUUGUUAAUGGUGGAAUUACAACGUGA